AUGUCGAUUCGAUUAUUAAUAACUGUUAUCGCGUUCGGUUGUGGUAUUAUUGUUAAUGGUGCUGCAAUUGAUAAUUCAAUUCUUUAUGAAGAACCAAGGAUUAGUAGCAGUAGUGAAUUACUUGAUACAAUUGUCGAUAAUUGUUUUAAUAAUGAUGCAUUAAAUUGCCUUAAAGAGAAAGUAUUAAAUUAUUUGGAUACAUUAAAUGGAAUUUCAACAGAAAGUGCUCGUUCAUUUGAUGAAAAAAAUAUCGAUAAAGUAAUUUUUGAAAGAGUUGCACGUAUUUUAAAUACAUAUGAAUUUAAAGUUCAAUUACCAGAAACUUUAUUUCAAAAUACUGUAGUAACAUAUCGAGCUGAUCGUGGACUUGAUUUUGAAUUAACCAAAGAAGAAGGUCGUGGUAAUUCUUUAAAAAAGAAAGUAAUUUGGCCAAUUCUUCUUUUAUUGAAAUUGAAAACAAAAAUUUUAAUACCAAUUAUGAUGACAUUGAUUGGCAUUAAAGCAAUGAAAGCAUUAAUUUUAUCGAAAAUUGCUAUUAAACUUGUUUUAGGCUUUAUUAUUUAUAAUUUAAUACAAAAACUUGGUGGUUUAAAAAUGACAAUGAUGCCAAUGAUGCCACCAGCACCAGAACCAGUAUAUGGUGUACCAUCACCAACAACACCAGCACCAUAUGAACCAAGCAGUUGGGAACCAGCUAAAGAAUAUGGAUCACCUUAUGCUCGUGUAUGGUCAGAACCAUCAUCAGCCCAACAAAUAGCAUAUAGUUCAUAUUAUCCAAGUAGUUCAUCAUCAUCAGCUAGCUCAUCAUCUGGUUCAUCUAAUUCAGGAUCAUCAACAUCUUCUACAUAUUCUUCAUAUAGCUCGUAAAGAUGAGACAGAAGAUAAAAUAUUUUUAAAAUCAAAAGAAAAAUGAAAAAACAAAGAAAAAUUAAGAGAAAAAUAUUUAAAUAAAUUUCGUAUUCUAAAUUUCUUUUUAGCAAUA